AUGUUUCAGCUAGUCGAUUCCAGUGGAAAGCGCGUUGCAACACGGAGAUCCGAUAAAAUAUUUGUCGGUCGUAUUACACAAAAACUCACAGAGGAGACAUUGCGAGAAUUCUUCGACAAAGAAGCUAAAGCUAUUGUGGAAUCUGCAUCGGUGACCAGUGUCGUCAUUCCACAACCGUUUCGUAGUUUUGCUUUCGUUACAUUCACGCACUCGGAGGUCGCUGAAAGAUUGAUCAGGUAUGUUUUCGUUUCUUAA